AUGUCUCACUGCAGAGUACCAGACCUUCCAGCUGUCAUUAUUGACAAUGGAUCAGGGAUGUGUAAAGCUGGAUUGUCUGGAGAGCAGGAACCACGAAGCAUUGUAGCUACUGUGAUUGGCUAUCCAAAGUCUAAAUCCAUUAUGUUUGGGCCUGCUCAGAGGGAAUAUUACGUUGGGGAAGAAGCUCAAGCCAAGAGGGGCAUUUUAUCUUUUAAAUACCCUGUGGAACAUGGCAUGGUGACAUCCUGGGAUGAUAUGGAGAAGAUCUGGAGGCACAUAUACAGGCGGGAGCUCAGGAUGAGGGCCAGAGACAGACCCGUGCUGCUGACGGAGGCCCCGCUCAACCCUGCACCAAACCGAGAAAAAAUGACAGAAAUCAUGUUUGAGCGUUUCCGGGUGCCUGCCAUGUUUGUGGGCCUGCAAGCUCUGUUGGCUCUCUAUGCCUCGGCUCGAACCACGGGCUUAGUCCUAGAUAGUGGGGAUGGUGUCACCAUGACAGUCCCCGUCUAUAAAGGCCAUUGUUUGCUUCACGGCAUUUCGAGGAUGAAUUUUGCAGGCCGGGAUAUCACCAGAUAUUUAGCAACACUUCUCUUGGAGAGCGGGCAUAUCUUUUCAAGUUCGGCUGAGAAGGAGAUAGUGAAGAACAUCAAGGAGACCAUGUGCUAUGUUGCUUUGGACCCUAGCCAGGAGAAAGGGUCAGCCCAUAAAUACGUUCUCCCAGAUGGGAAUUCUGUCAAGAUUGGUGACCAGCUUCACAGAACUCCAGAGUCCCUUUUUAGCCCCACUGAUGCAGGCGUCUCAUCACCAGGGAUCCACGAGAUGAUCUUGAACAGUAUUUCGAACUGCAAUGGGAGCAUCCAGCAAAACAUCUGGAGCAAUGUGUUCAUGGCAGGGGGGUCCACCCUCUUUACUGGUCUAAGCGACAGACUUCUUAAGGAGCUCCAGGCUCUGGCACCCAGGGGCAUGCCGGUAAAAGUCACAGCACCAGAAGAUAGGGUGUAUUCUGUCUGGAUUGGUGCUUCGGUACUCACCAGUUUGGCUUCCUUUAGGAACAUGUGGGUGACCCAGCAAGAGUACAAUGAAGUCGGUCCAACCGUGUUGCAGAAAAAAUGCUUCUGA